AAUAAUGGCUGGAAGCUUAAAAUAGAUCCAGGGAGGCACUCAUUAACAUGACAAAAGAAGUGGUUCAGCACCUCUGGCAUUUCUCAUUUUGGAAAUUGCUUUGGUCCAGUUUUAUUUCCUUCUAUUCAUUGGACCAGAAAAUACAUGCCCUUCACCAACAUAUCCAUAACAUUUGACGAUGAACUCGUUUAGACUAGCCAAAAUAAUUGUUCCACAGGGACACGGGAAUUCAGCCUCAGUUCAGAAAAUCCCUGACAACUGACGUAGGAGGAUUUAUAGGUUUAGUGGAAAUUGCUUUCUCCUGCUCUGCAGAUUACAUACUGUGGGUUGAUUUUUUUUUUCAUGAGUAAACAUCCUUCUAGUAACGAAUAGACCAAUAAUGUCUUAAGAGAGAAAAAGAACAUCCUCUUUCUUUUUGCUGUUUCUUGAGAGACCUGUUUGGACUUGGAAACCCAUGUUGGCUGUCCAGAAUAUAAAAUUUGGCAUCUUCUUUUUGUGGUGGGGAUGGGUUUUGGCCACUGAAAGCCGAGUGUACUGGCAAGGAGGAGAAGGACAUGAGAUGACUAAGAAAGGCAGGCCUCAAAGACAGAGACGAGAAGCACGUGAAGAUGCCCACAAGCAAGGCAGCCCAGUUCUGAAACGAAGCCCUGACAUCACCAAAUCACCACUGACAAAAUCAGAGCAGCUUCUGAGGAUAAACGACCAUGAUUUCAGUAUGAGGCCUGGCUUUGGAGGCCCGGCCAUUCCCGUUGGCGUUGAUGUGCAGGUGGAGAGUUUGGACAGCAUCUCAGAAGUCGACAUGGACUUUACGAUGACCCUCUACCUGAGGCACUACUGGAAGGAUGAGAGGCUGUCUUUCCCGAGCACCAACAACCUCAGCAUGACGUUUGACGGCAGACUGGUGAAGAAGAUCUGGGUCCCUGACAUGUUUUUCGUGCACUCCAAGCGCUCCUUCAUCCAUGACACCACCACAGACAAUGUCAUGCUGCGGGUCCAGCCUGAUGGGAAAGUGCUAUACAGUCUCAGGGUUACAGUGACUGCAAUGUGCAACAUGGACUUCAGCCGGUUCCCCCUGGACACCCAAACUUGCUCGCUGGAAAUUGAAAGUUAUGCCUACACAGAAGAUGACCUCAUGCUGUACUGGAAAAAGGGCAACGAUUCCUUAAAGACAGAUGAGAGGAUCUCACUCUCACAGUUCCUCAUUCAAGAAUUCCACACCACCACUAAACUGGCCUUCUACAGCAGCACAGGCUGGUACAACCGUCUGUACAUUAACUUUACUCUGCGUCGCCACAUCUUCUUCUUCUUGCUCCAAACUUAUUUCCCUGCCACCCUGAUGGUCAUGCUGUCCUGGGUAUCCUUCUGGAUCGACCGCAGAGCUGUGCCUGCCAGAGUCCCUUUGGGUAUCACCACGGUGCUGACCAUGUCCACCAUUAUCACGGGUGUGAACGCCUCCAUGCCCCGCGUCUCCUACAUCAAGGCCGUGGACAUUUACCUCUGGGUCAGCUUCGUGUUCGUGUUCCUCUCGGUGCUGGAGUACGCGGCUGUCAACUAUCUGACCACCGUGCAGGAGCGGAAGGAGCGGAAGCUGCAGGAGAAGCUUCCCUGCACCUGUGGGUUACCCCAGCCGCGUGCGGUGAUGCUGGAUGGCAGCUACAGUGACGGCGAAGUGAAUGACCUGGGAACCUACAUGCCCGAGAAUGGCGAGAAGCCAGACAGGAUGAUGGUUCAGCUGACCCUGGCCUCGGAGAGGAGCUCCCCGCAGAGGAAAAGCCCAAGAAGCAGCUACGUGAGCAUGAGGAUCGACACCCAUGCCAUUGACAAAUACUCCAGGAUAAUUUUUCCAGCAGCAUACAUUUUAUUCAAUCUAAUAUACUGGUCUAUUUUCUCAUAAAUACCUGCAAUCCUAUAAAUUUCACAUUCUCCACAGUAUGUAGUACUACAGAAAUACUUACAUGAUGAAAAAUUCUUUGUGGUUAUGGUAAAAAAAAAAAUUCCAGUUACCCACCCUUAUUUUCACUAUCCCUUCUCCAGUUUUCCAUAGUUACAUGGACAUACUCACUGGUUUAAUUUGCACUUAACUGUCUGUCGUAUACACAGCAUUAUACUAGGUGCUUCAGAAAUAUGACACCCGUAGCAACUGAUGAUAGUUACCGAUAUUCCCUGUAAAAGCACACUACCAGUGUUAGAGCACACUAUAGUUCAACUUCUUUUAGAUCCUAGAUGCUUAUUCACAUGAUUUCCUUUGAGCAUCAUUAUAUUCUUUGGACCAGAUGGAAUUGGGGAGCACCUAAAGUUCAUUUGCAUGGAACAUAAAUGCAUCUCAAUCCCCACUUUGACAGAAAUUCAUGCAUCAGUUUAUAGCCUCUCACCUAUUUUUUAUGCAUUUCUUCAUGUUUAUUUUAAUAAAGACUGAUAAUAUUCAUAUUUUUGUUUAUGCUGUGAUUCAUGAGAUUUCACUUCUUCACAAGAAAAGCUCUUUAAGAUUGCUGCAAUUUGCUCUGAUUUUGGUGGGAAUUUCCCUGCAAGGGAAACUUUGAAGAUAAGGGUAUAUGCAUGCAUUUUGUUAGUUCUGACAUAGAGAUAACUAGGCUAGGAAACUUGUGUCUCAGUGUUCUCUGUUUUACAAUCACCGCUUCAUGUAUCCCCCCCACCUUGCAGCACGUCCUAAUUCAAAGUGAAGUCCUUUCUCAGUAACGUGACAUCUUCAGUGAGGAACUUGGAAAUAGACUGAUUUCUUCUGUAUAAACAACAUUUCAAGAAAAUGCAUAAUUUGGAACUGCCCAUAAUUCAUUAGAAUGAGAAAUAUUCUCAUGGUUUCUUAAGAGAAAAAGAACACCAAAAAGACAGAUAAAAGAUAAAUGGGAAGACAUUCACCAGACAGCUGCCUUGAUACUCAGUGAAUACGAGCAUUUUCUAUGAGCCAGAAAACAGUCAUCAUCUAAACCAGGCAGUCCGUACACCAGGCAGAAGCAUAGCCCAAUGGUAACUGACAUUAGGACCUGGAAUAAAGGAGAAGGUUCUAAUUUGGUGUAUUAUUUUAAAACAAAGUUAUUUGUACUCUGUAUCUACAGGACCAACCACCACCAAACUCACCCAAACAGCAUUUGUCUUGUUGAAAUUCACUUUAAUAAAGUGAAUUCUAUACACAA